AUGCGAACUCCCCCACCAGCACCAUCCCCCGUCUUCUGGAACCACCGCUCGCUGCAAUCCCCCACACCCCAUAAUACAAUAUCAAAAACAAGUUCAGAUUCUUCUUACAUCCUUCUCUCUAUCUUCCCCUCAUUCCCACCUUUCUCUCUAUUUCUAUCUCUCUCUUUCAUCCUCUCUCCUUUUUUUUUCUUUUUUUCUUUUCUUUUAUUUCUUUCUUUUAUUUACUUUCUUUCCUUCUUUUUUAAUUUCAUCAUUUCUAUCUAUCUAUCUAUCUAUCUAUCUAUCUAUCUCAAAGGGGUUAAAAAUUAUUUCUUCCCUACUCUCUCUCUCUCUCUCUCUCUCUCUCUUUCUCUCGCUCUCGCUCGCUCGCUCUCCGCUCAUCUAUUUAUCUAUCUAUCUAUCUAUGCUCACUCCUUUUCUCCUUUUGUCACAUCUUUUUCUUUCUCUGAUUAUUGUCCUCUUUCUUUAUCCAUCUAUCUCCUCACUUUUAUCCAUCUCUCUCUAUAUAUAUAUCCGUCAGCCUAUCUUCUCUCUCUUUGUUCAUCUAUUUACCUCCAAACCAUAUUUCUUUCUUUCUUUUCUUUUUUCUUUCUCUUUCUUUCAUUCUUUCUUUCUUUCUUUCUUCCUUUCUUUCUUUCUUUCUUUAUUCCCAACCCACAAUCCGUCUCUUCUUUCUUUCUUUCUUUCUUUCUUUCUUUCUUUGUUUUCCUAAUCUACAAUCUGCCUCCUUACUUUUUCCUUGUUUCUUUUCUUAAUUUUUCUUUUCUUUCUUUCUUUCUUUCUUUCUUUCUUUCUUUCUUUCUUUUGAUACUCUCUUCCCUUUAUUUUUCCUUGCAUUUAUUUGCUUUAUUUUCUGUUUUAUUUGUAUACAACACCUUUUUCUUUCUUUCUUUCUUUCUUUCUUUCUUUCUUUAG